UCGCCUACCCGUGAUCGCCGCAAUAGCAAGGAGUGGGACGCCAGCAAGGUCCCCCCCAGCAGGUUCCAGAAGCGCAGUGGCAGCAUUUAUAGCACGCCGAGCUCGCGGGACGCGCAUCUGGAUGGCCAUGAUAGGGAUAAGGGGUACUGGGAGAAGAUGAAGGAGAAG